AGGUACACGAUACAGAAUUACUUGAUGAGAUUUAUAAUGAUUAUAUGGAGGAUAAAGAAAUCUUUUUAAAAUAUGGAUCUGAAUUAUUAAUGUCGGCGAUUAGGAUACAAGCUUCAAAUUUGAUAGAUAAGAUUUAUAAUGAGUGUUUAGAUCUCUUUAUAAUGGAUUUAGAAAACAAUAAAGCAUACUUAAGCAUUAUUAGUAAAUCCAUGCCAUUAUUGGAAAAUCAUUAUCCUGAAUAUAUAACAAGAUAUUCAUCAGACACAAACAUGAUAAUUGAUUCUCCUGAAUAUAAAAUCGAACAACUUAGCACAUCUCAUCUUAAUCCAUUUUUUAAUAUUGGUAUAAUUAAUUUAACACCAUCUAUUGCAUGGACAAAAUAUACUAAUCUGGUCAAUUCUUAUAGUGAUAGUAAUA